AUGGAAGAGGGUGAGAGGGAGAUCAUGGUCAGGAGGGAUCGAACUGCUCUUUCACCGAAGGUUCCAAUGAUGAAGAGGAAAGCAGAUGAGAGUGCUGCAACUACUGUCCCAAACAAAGUACAGAAACAAGCCGAGGACUGGAGCUGUGCACUAUGCCAGGUUAGUGCACCAUCUGAAGCUGGUCUAAAUGAGCAUCUUGGAGGAAGAAAACAUAAGGCGAAGUUGGCACAAUGUGGCGUCAGCAAGGCGAUCAAAGAUGACAAAAACUGCUUGCAGACGACCACUGGGAAUGAGAACAACACAGAUCCUUGUGAUGCACCUAAGAAAAUAUGCAUGCUAGUAGACAGUGCAACAUGUGAAGCUGGUGUAAAUGAGGAUCUUGGAGGAAGAAAACAUAAGGCGAAGUUGGCACAAUGUGGCGUCAGCAAGGCGAUCAAAGAUGACAAAAACUGCUUGCAGACGACCACUGGGAAUGAGAGCAACACAGAUCCUUGUGAUGCACCUAAGAAAAUAUGCAUGCUAGUAGAUGGUGAAAUGCAUGAAGUUGUUCGGAAGAACGACAAUCUGUGGUGUGAUCGCUGCAGAGUCAGGUGUCAUAGUAAAGUCAUCAUGGCUGGCCAUCUGCGGAGCAAGAAGCACAGUAAGUUAAACAAGGUUUGGACAUCGAUAAAGGCUGUGAGGACAAAUACCAAUACUAAGGAAGGUUUGCCUUCUUGUGGAAGUAAGGUAAAUACAAACAGCCCUACUGAAAUUCCAGUGGUAAUUGAAGGCGACCUAAAUAUGACCACCGGAGUAGAUGAAAGCGGCCCUGUAGAAAAUCCAGUCCAGAAAGAAAUCCAUCCGCGGAGCAAGAAGCACAGUAAAUUAAACGAUGGUUGGACAUCAAUAAAGGCUGUGAGGGCAAAUACCGAUACUAAGAAACAAAUCCAUCCGACGAGCAAGAAGCAAGGUAAAUUAAACAAUGUUUGGACAUCGAUAAAGGCUGAGAGGACAAAUACCGAUACUAAGGAAGGUUUGCCUUCUUCUGGAAGUCAGGCUCUUUCAUCAAAUCCAAAGGUUCCAACAGUGAAGAGGAAAGCAGAUGCAAAUGCUGCAACUACUGUGCCAAAGAAAGUACAGAAAUUAACCAAGGACUGGAGCUGUGCACUAUGCCAGGUUAGUGCACCAUGUGAAGCUGCUCUAAAUGAGCAUCUUGGAGGAAGAAAGCAUAAGGCAAAGUUGGCACAGCGUGGCGUCAGCAAGACGAUCAAAGAUGGCAAAAACUGCUCGCAGACGACCACUGGGAAUGAGAACAGCACAGAUCCUUGUGAUGCACCUAAGAAAAUAUGCAUGCUUGGAGGAACAAAGCAUAAGGCAAAGUUGGCACAGUGUGGCGUCAGCAAAACAAUCAAAGAUGGCAAAAACUGCUUGCAGACGACCACUGGGAAUGAGAACAACACAGAUCCUUGUGAUGCACCUAAGAAAAUGAAAAUAUGCAUGCCAGUAGACGGUGCAAUGCAUGAAGUUGUUCGGAAGGACAAAUACCUGUGGUGUGAUCACUGCAGAGUCAGUUGUGAUAACUAUGCCACCAUGGCUUGCCAUCUGCGGUGCAAGAAGCAGAGUAAAUUAACCAAGGUUUGUUCAUCGAUAAAGGCUGUGAGGACAAAUACCAAUACUACGGAAGGUUUGCCUUCUUGUGGAAGUCAGGUAAAUACAAAUGGCUCUACUGAAAUUCCAGCGGUAAUUGAAGGCGGCAUAAAUAUGACCACCACGGUAGAUGAAAGCGGCCCUGUAGAAAAUCCAGUCCGGAAAGAAAUGACAAAAAUGGCCACCAUAAAGGCUGUGAGGACAAAUACUGAUACUAAGGAAAGUUUGCCUUCUUGUGGAAGUCGGGUAAAUACAAACGGCUCUAUUGAAAUUCCAGUGGUAAUUGAAGGCGACAUAAAUAUGACCACCGCAGUACAUGAAAGCGGCCCUGUAGAAAAUCCAGUCCGGAAAGAAAUCACAAGAAUGGCCACCAUAAAGGCUGUGAGGACAAAUACUGGUACUAAGGCAAAUUUGCCUUCUUCUUGUGGAAAUCAGGUAAAUACAAACGGCUCUACUGAAAUUCCAGCGGCAAUUGAAGGCGACAUAAAUAUGACCACCGCAGUAGAUGAAAGUGGGCCUGUAGAAAAUCCAGUCCAGAAAGAAAUACAAAGAAUGGCCACCAUAUGGGCAAUGUUUUCUUGCUAAGUUUCUACUGGUAAUCAAGGUAGGAAUCUUGCAAUCCUACGAAUCCAGUUGAACAGAUAGCUUAUAAGGUAUAUAACUUGAUUGCUAAUGUCUAAGCAACUUUGCAAGAGAAACAUUGCUCCCUAGAAGUAUGUGUUUUGUUACUCCCUGGACAUUUCUUUCACAUGGAGAUGACUUGUAUAUGUAGAAUGCCCAGUUUGAACUUUGCCUAAGCUGCUUCUGUGGUACUUCUAGCCAGUUUUGAUUGUCGCCCUCUGUUUAUGUUAAAGUGAGUAGGUGGGAUGGGUUGAGCUGGUGAUGAGUAGGGUUUCCCUGAGUGCUAACCUGACUCGUUUGUAAUUUAUUUAGGUCUUUUAGGUGUGGCUCAGGUUUGCUUUUGCAUAUGUUGUGUGUAAAGUUGUUCGUUGAUUAGUUGCAGCACAUCCUCAUCAAUAGCUGUUUCAGAAAGACUGGUCAGCAUUAAUAUAUAGUUGUAAGAUGCAUAUAUAUUAUCCAAGCAUCCUGAUGAAGACAGAAACCGGCAUAUAUGAAAUAUCAGGCAAAAAUGCUUCUAAAGCUGCAAAUUCCAUGAUAAUGAGGUGUAGGUUCCGACGAUUCUUGACUGAUUUAUAGUGCUUGGGAAGGUUGUGAUAUGUAUGCAUGCCAAAUUUCAACGUCAAAUUUUGGUACUGAAAUUUUGAAUUAAUGUUUGGUACUGAAAUUUGGCAUUAAUGUAGAAUAUGGCCUUCCUUGGUAUUUUAAAUUAUUUUAGAGAUGAUCUUUGAAACUUCUGCCCCGAGUAUUCAUGGAAUUUGUGAGUUUAGACAGUUUUUUGCUGGAUAUAUAUACCCUUGAAAGUUUCGUCCACAGCAGCUUAUCUCAGGUGUUGCUGGGAGAAACCCAACAAAUCAUGGGAUAUCAGAAAACUCAGUGAACAUCAUGGCAAGCUUGCAGCCAAGAAGCAAUCCAUGUCCUGUGGUCCUGCUGUUUAUUUCUGUUAGGCCAGAGUUCCAAUGUCUCUCGCAUUGCUCAGCUGUUGUACCUUCUCGAGUUUGAAUUCUGGAUUGUUAUAAUUUGUAUCUCAUAUAGAUCUGGUGUUAUAUCUUCUGAAAUAAUCUAUACUGAUGUCUGCCCUACUAGCUUGUGUUUACUAAGAACAUACCUAGCUAGACAGAUAGUAAGUAAGUACUCCCUCCGUCCGGAAUUACUUGUCGUAGAAAUGGAUGGAAAUGAAUGUAUCUAGAACUAAAAUACGUCUAGAUACAUCCAUUUCUCCGACAAGUAUUUCCGGACGGACUCCAUUUCUUCGACAAGUAUUUCCGGACGGACUCCAUUUCUCCGACAAGUAUUUCCGGACAGAGGGAGUAGCUCGUUACACCUCUUGUCUGUGCAUUACAUGUGACAUGAACACCGACCACAUUGUGACCUUUUAAUGUUACACAAAAUAGGUGAUAAACUGACUCAAGUUUGGAAUUUAUUUACUUGUUUUAGGUGUCAGUGCUAAAGUUUGCU